UUGCCAGCCGCUUGGGAAGAGGAUGUCCGUGCUAAUUUGGCUAAACAUAAACAGAAAGUUGCUAUAUUGAGGGAAGAAUUGGAGAAGGAAGAAUUUUAUGUAGAGUAUUUGGAAACUUUAUUGUCAGAUGUGGAAAAACACAAAGCAGCUGCUGAAGGUAACAAGGCGGCGCCGCCCUCUGGUACAGACGCAAAUGACGAUAAGACUUCUGAUAGCAAACAGGAAUCAAAUACAGAUUCAUUGUCAAAAAAGAGUGAAAUUAGUUUAGCAAGUAGUAAUAAUGAAGAAUUAACUAAUGAGCCCCUUGAGAAUGAAGAAGUGCAUCUUAGACCUAAGCCUGUACAUAUUGGUGAAAGAAGCUCUGUGAAUCAAUGCAUAAAUGAGCUUUCUUCUAAUCUAGCUGUUGAAGCUCGAAGAAGGUGUAAUAGUGAAGUAGUACAGAGAACUGAACCUGAUAAGAAUAGUGAUGUAGCAGGAGAACAAAAAAUUCAAACUCAAGCUAAAAACCGUCCAACAUCCCAAGGUGGAGAUUUUGUAACAGUAAUUGAGGUAAAUGGAUUAAAAGUUGCAGAAAAUGCACCUAAAAAGGCUGACGAGUCCCCUCAGUCACCUGAGAGUACUACUGCAGAUUCAGCAAUCGCUACAAAAAAGAAAGUACCGCCUAAACCUCCACCGAAAGUAUUCAGCAAACGUGGUGCGUCGUUACCAGAGACGGGUUUAGAAGACAGUCCCCCUUCAUCACUUGGGCGAAGACUACGCAAUGCUGAUUCCCGAGAGUCCAUCGCCAGCCGAGCAUCUACUCCCUCAAUCAGCGAAAGAGUGAAAAGCUAUGAAUCAAUAAACUCUUUAUCUUCUGAACGCAAGAGAUCUGGAGGUGCUGCAACUCCUCGUUCAAUUGAUGAAGAAAUAACAUCUACAACACCUGAUUUACCUGAAGGAAACGAUGUCGACAAAUCAGCGCCUGUUUCGCUUGAGAGUAUCCCAGCUGCUGUACCCACAGUUGAAGACGAGCCAUAUUAUGAUCAAGUACCUGUAGAUAUCAAUGAUGGAGAAUACGUUUAUAUACAAGCGGCAAUAAUACGUACCGUGACUUUAAGAUCUGCUUAA